AAGAAGAAUCCCUCUCCCUUUCACUAUUCGUUCAUUUAAAGGAGAAGAAAGUCUGAGAAGGGCUCUAGUAGCACAGCUAAUCUUGUCUCCAGGACGCUGAAUAUACAGCACCAAUAUAUAGCACGAUGGCUUCAGCCGGUUUGGAGAUUUUGGGCAUGAUUCUGACUGUUGCCGGUUGGCUCGGGGUUAUGGUUGCCUGCUGUUUGCCCAUGUGGAGAGUGGCAGCAUAUAUAGGCCAGAACAUAGUCAUCACGCAGAUAGUUUGGGAAGGCUUGUGGAUGAGCUGUGUCGUGCAAAGCACGGGACAGAUGCACUGCAGAGUAUACGACUCCAUGCUGGGACUUCCGGAUGACUUGCAGGCUGCUCGCGCGCUUACCAUAGUAAGUACACUGCUUGGUGUGGUGGGUAUAGCUCUGUCCGUGGCCGGGGCGAAGUGCACUAACUGUACGUCAGAUCCAGCAAGCAAACCGCGGAUAAUAAUGGCAGCCGGGGGCACGUUUAUAUCUUGUGGGCUACUACUGUUAGUUGCUGUCUGCUGGACAGCCAACGGCAUCGUUAUGGAUUUCCACAACCCGCUAAUGGAAGAUAAGCAGAAGAGGGAGUUUGGGAACUCGCUGUACUUCGGAUGGGGUGCAUCAUGUCUGCUGAUACUUGGUGGAGCAAUUUUGACGUGUUCGUGCUCCUCGAAAGCACGCGGAAAUGCGACGCCGUCAAGGGUGGACUACUCUGGGGUCAAAUCCAUCUCUGCCAAUGGAUAUGAUAGGAAAGACUAUGUUUGAGGGGUCUGGAUCUCUCAGACUUUAAACUACUUGUGAUGAGCUGAAUCAACACGAUUUCGAAGUUUCUUGGGACAACGUUUUAUGUUCAAUCUACUUAAAUUUAUGUAAACAAUGACGUUAACUUAAUCAAUUUAUGUUGUGACAACAUGAAGGGAUUGUGAGGAACCCAGCUUUUUUUUACAGUUGUCAAAAACGGAUCAGUGACAUGCUUGAUUAACAAUACUGCAGAUAUUAGUGUUAUCAUUUGAAUUAUUGUGUGUGUGUUUGUUUGUUUAUGUGGUUUAAUAGGACACUUUGUCGUAUAAACUCAAAUUGUAUGCACAAAAAUGACUAUUGCUGAACUACUUAUUCAAAAUGAGUUGAAACAACACAAUUAUUGAGGUUUUCUUUUGGGGCAACUUGUUGUUUUAUGUUCAAUCCACUUUAAUUUUGUAAAAACAAGUUAGUUAAUGGAUUUAUGUUGGGACCGCAUGAAGGAAUUGUGUGGAAGCCAGCAUUUUGUACAGUGAAGGUCAAAAACGAAUCAAUGACUGAGGCUUGAUUAACAAUACUGUGGAUAUUAGUGUUUGCAUUACAGGCGCUAGGACACAUUUCUCAAUACUUGGGUCACUUUUGCAAAACUCUUCACACAGUGAGCACAACAGAAGUCUCUGUGGGCUAAACUGAGGAUCAAUUCUCAUUGUUUUGGCACAAAAUGCAUCCAAUGACUUCAUCUCUCAAAUUUCAUCAAUUCUUUUCUCACUCAGACACAACAACUGCCAUCUUACGUACAGGACAUUCUGCACGUGCUUACAUGCUGUCUCAAAACAAUAACAUCAGGCAAAACUGAAUAAGACAGCAAAAUUCAACAGCAAUAUUUUACUGAAACAUAUUUCACAUCUAAAAAUGCAGUUAAACCAGCCAGAUCAGCAUUACUAUUGUAUCUGUAUCAGUGGAUGGUGUCUAUACAAAGUCUUGUACUUUGGAAUUACUUAGUGCAAAACAAAUAAACAACAUAAAAUAUUGAGGAAUUCUGCAUCAUGUCUGAUUCAUCCCAGUAUUAUAUAUUGCAGUUAUAAACAAUCUUGCGAUUAUAAACAGAGAUGUGUCCUUGUUUUACAUGAGAAAACACUGUAAUGCUGCAUGUUGUUCGUGUUUUUUAGCUUAUUGUUUUGGGGGUGACAAAGUGUGUUUGUGGGCUGUCCACCUUUUCUAGUGUUCUGGAACAAUGAGUUUAUCUGAGACCUGAAUAAAGGGUUUUGGUAGUGUUUUGAAUGUGAAAUCACCUGCUUUGCCAAGCUGAAAGUCGGUUAGGAGAAUCGAAAAGUUUUGCAAAAGUGACCUAAGCAUUGAGAAAUGUGUCCUAGCGUCUGUAAAAACCUGUAAUAGAUUUAUGUCGUGACAAUAUGAAGGGAUUGUGAGGAACCCACCACUUUUACAGUGAAUGUCAGAAACGGAUUAGUGACACACUUCAUUAACAUUACUGUGGAUAUUAGUGUUAUCAUUUGCAUUGUUGUGUGUGUGUGUGUGUGUGUGUGUGUGUGUGUGUGUGUGUGUGU